CGACGCGUAGACUCCACCCAGCAAUUAGCGCAGAGAUGGUACCGGAGAAUUGCAGAGAUGGUACCGGAGAAUUUCAGAGGUGCCAGUGCGCCACUACCGAUUUCCGGCGGCGCAACCUCCAUUUCCGGAGUCCAGAGGCUCCGUGGCUGGUGCAGGCACCUCGACAUCAGUAACUAUUGGCAAUCCAUACGCAGCUGGUUAGCCAAUGCGUAUACGGUUGCCCGUUCUUACCGGGACUGGUCAUAUCAAGUGGUUGGCAUCGAAGUUAACAAGAAGGACGGCAUUGGAUUAGAUUUUCCCCUGCUUACUAUUGAUGGAAAGAGCUUGAGGAAAAGAAUAGAGAACAUAGAACAUAUUGCCAUUGACUCGAAGAAAUCAGAUCUAUUAUUGAAUCAGCGAAGCAGCAGCAACGAACUUUCUGACAAGGAAAGCCGCAGCAAACAGAAGGAUUUUGACCAUCAGCUCAGCGGGAUUAAAGGGGACGUAUUUGGUCGGGAGAAGGAGCGUGAGCGUAUAUGUAGUAUGCUUCGUAAGGGCACAGAUGCUUCCCGUACCAGUAGACCAUAUUCUGUGGUUGGCAUAUAUGGCAUUUCAGGUUACGGGAAGAGUACCCUGGCGCAAUAUGUUUGUGACCAUGAAAAAGAUCACGAAGACAAAUAUUUUGACCCUGUCAUCUUCAUUCAAGUGUCUAAGACUUUCCAACUGGAUGAUAUAUUGCUUGAUAUGUUGAAGCAGAUGACGCAAGACCGGCCCUCGCAAGACCAGACCUCCGAUAAUGAAAAGGAAAAAUUGCGUGAUACCAAAAGUCUAUGCAAUGAGUUGAAGGAAAAAUUGAAAGGCAGACGUUUUUUGUUAGUACUGGAUGAUCUCUGGGUCAAUAAGGAUAAUGAAAAGGAACGGCGCAUUCUACUUCGCACACUCGAUGCUGGGGAGAGUGGAAGCGGAAUCCUGGUGACAGCUCAAAGAGAAGAAGCAGUUAUAGCUCUAGGUGCUCAGGAACCUAUUAAAAUAUCUGAUUUGGAAGCAGAUGAGUACUUUUCAAUGUUCAUGCACUAUGCAGGCAAAAGUGGUGAUUUGGAAUAUGGAAGGAUUGGGAGAGAGAUUGCGGAAAAGCUUCACAAAUCGCCUAUUGCAGCAGAGACAGUGGCAAGACGGCUUGGGAUGAACCCAGAUAUCGAGUUCUGGAGAACAACAGCGAACCUUGACGUGUUGAAUGAGACCAUUGGAGCUCUUUGGUGGAGCUAUCAGCAACUUGGUGCGGACAUCAGGCGAUGCUUUGAAUACUGCAGCACUUUCCCCAGAGGACACAAGUUGAAACCAUGUAAGUUGGUUCGCAUGUGGAUAGCCCAAGGGUUUGUAAAGACAAAUAGUAAUGCAACAGAGGACACGGAAGAUUUAGGUCAGUCCUACAUUCACGAGUUACGGAAUUGCUCAUUUCUGCAAGUAGAAAGAACAGGUUAUCUUACAAUUCAUGAUAUGCUGCACGAGUUAGCAGAGAGGGUUGCUGGAAGUCACUUUUUUAGGAUUGAUGUGAAUGGCUCGACAGAAGUUAUUCCACCAGAUGUUCGCCACCUUUUCAUUGAGACCUAUAAUAGAGCAGAGAUCACGGAGAAAAUUUUGGAAUUGGAAAAUCUGCGCACUUUGAUCAUUGAGGAGAAGUACAAGUCGUUUGAGGAUAUGCUUGGUAUACCACUAGGGGACGUCGAGGAAGGGCACGACCUGAUUAAGGAAAAAGUCUUUGAGGGUAUGUUCAAGAAGCUGAGGAAACUGCGGGUGCUGACAGUACGAGUAAAAACCAACAAAGAUCUAGUGUUCUCAGUCCCAGAAUCAAUUGGCCAGAUGAAGCAUCUACGUUAUCUUAGUUUUGAUGCGGUCCAUUACAACGUCUACGUGGAUCUGGUAUUUCCAAGCACAUUGAGCAAGCUUUAUCAUAUGCAGAUCAUCGAUGUUCCAUUUUGCAAACUAUCCCGUGAAGAUCUGAGUAACCUCACCCAUUUGCGGCAAAUCCCUGGAGAUAUUCCCAGCAUUGGCAACCUGACGUCACUCCACACGAAAUCAUUCUUCAGAACAAGGAAGGAACCAGCUGGGUACGAGUUGAAACAGCUGAAGCACCUGAACAAGCUUCGAGGCAUCCUGCGUAUCAAAGGUCUUGAAACUGUUGAAAGCAAAGAGGAGGCUCUUGAAGCCAACGUAUCUGGCAAGAAGCUGAUCACAACACUGGUACUGUUCUUUGACGUUUUAGCAGAGUACUCGGAAGAAGAAAAAGUCGUCCAAGCACAGGUUCUCGAGGGCCUUUGCCCACCGAACCAGCUUGAGUACCUGUGUAUCUCGGACUAGAGCGGUAACUGGUAUCCUAGUUGGAUGUUGGGGGGUCAUCACAGCGGCCCAAAUAACAUACACACACUUGCGCUCUGUACAUGCAGCAGCCAAUUGGAACCUAUUCCCGAAGGUAGUGUGUUCUUCCAUCACCUGCGUUCC